CGAGAGAGCAGUGCGAAAAAUUCAGCGAAAGCUAGUCCAGACUGCUUCCUGACCCGUUUGUAGAGGAAGUUGUCUCCAAGCGCCCCGACGUGCACGGAGAGUUGGGGAUUUUUCAUUUUUGCACAACAAUUUGCACGACUGGGCGGCCGAAGUUUCUUUGUGUCAGACGUCCUCCUAAGUGUUUAGUUUUAUCAGGGAGCAGCACCACACCACGUCGUGCCUCACGGGGAGGAGAGGAGAGAGGGCAGAAGUUUCCGCUGGCUUGUUUUGUCGCUGCGCGGCUGGUAAAUCCGCAGGAAUGUCGCAGAAGGAGAGACCCACUUUCUACCGACAGGACCUCAACAAAACCAUGUGGGAGGUCCCGGAGCGGUACCAGAAUCUGUCUCCAGUCGGCUCCGGCGCUUACGGAUCCGUAUGUUCGGCGUAUGAUGACAAAUCCGGCCUGAAGAUAGCGGUGAAGAAGUUGUCCAGACCUUUUCAGUCAAUCAUCCACGCAAAGAGAACCUACAGAGAGCUGCGACUGCUCAAACACAUGAAGCACGAGAAUGUGAUUGGUCUAUUAGAUGUUUUCACGCCAGCAACAAGUUUAGAGGAGUUCAAUGAUGUGUAUUUGGUGACCCAUUUGAUGGGUGCAGACCUCAACAACAUAGUCAAGUGUCAAAAGUUGACCGAUGACCACGUCCAGUUCCUCAUCUACCAGAUCCUCAGAGGCUUAAAGUACAUCCAUUCUGCAGAUAUCAUCCACAGAGACUUGAAGCCCAGUAAUCUGGCUGUGAAUGAAGACUGUGAGCUCAAGAUCCUGGACUUUGGUUUGGCGCGGCAUACAGAUGAUGAGAUGACGGGUUACGUAGCCACACGGUGGUACCGAGCCCCAGAAAUCAUGCUCAACUGGAUGCACUACAACAUGACAGUGGAUAUCUGGUCGGUGGGCUGCAUCAUGGCUGAACUACUUACUGGACAGACGCUCUUCCCUGGCACAGACCAUAUAAACCAGCUGCAGCAGAUAAUGCGCCUGACGGGAACGCCUCCGGCCUCCCUCAUAAGCAGGAUGCCCAGCCACGAGGCGAGGAACUACAUUAACUCACUUGCCCACAUGCCCAAGAGGAACUUUGCUGAUGUGUUUGUUGGUGCCAACCCUCUUGCGGUGGACUUGCUGGAGAAAAUGCUGGUGCUAGACACAGACAAACGGAUUACGGCAUCUGAGGCCCUGGCCCACCCGUACUUUUCCCAGUACCACGAUCCAGACGACGAGCCCGAAGCGGAGCCUUAUGACCAGAGCUUUGAAAGCCGCGAGCUGGAAAUUGAAGAAUGGAAGAGGUUAACCUACGAGGAGGUACUCAGCUUUGAGCCGCCGUCAUUUGAUGGAGAUGAAUUGGGGUCCGGGCAUUCACAGCCUUGGUGUUAUGUCUCUGCUUUGGGUUUCUUUUUUGGCAUGCUGUUCAGCGUAAAGUUGGGGCGGUGCAGAGGCGGUGGACUUGCUGGAGAAAAUGCUGUGUCUAGCACCAGCAUUUUCUCCAGCAAGUCCACCGCUUGA